CUACCUUAAUUUUGGAGGAUAUUGUAAAUCUGCGAGAUCCAAUUUUCCAAGAAAGAGACACUACACCGUCUGAAGUUUUGAUUGUUUCAAACAAUACUGUUGAAGAAACCAAUUUAGACUUUGAUCCGGAAUGUCUU